UCUCUCUUCCUAGGCCUCAAAUCCUAAGGCCAGCGGAGAUGGGAAACCACUUCCGCCGCCUUGAGACGCCCGCCUGCGCCUAGGGUUUCGCUUAUCGGCGUUCCGCCGCCCGAGGCGCCUCCACCAGCACCACUUCCGCAGGCGGCGAGAGCAUGUCGGCAAUGCAGUCGAAUGUGGCUCUUCUUCGGUCUCUCUGCUGAUAAUGGCGCUCGAUCGCUGCUUCCUGUGAUGGUUUCUUCGGCUUGGAAUGAUGCGCGUGUUCGCGAUGCUUGUGCUUUGUCUUCACUUGGGUACUCUUUGUUGCGCAAUAAACAAAUUGAGACCUGCACUAAGCCCUGCCAGAUCACCUGAAGUUUUGCCCAAGGCAAUCAUGGGACCAGGACCUGCCCCAGCUUUUGCUCCAAAGCAUCAUGUACACAGUCAUGGUCCUCUUGCAAAACAUCACCACAGAAUGCGUCAUGCUCCAUCACCAACAUUAUCUAUUCCACCAAGAGGCCAAGCAGAUUGCGAUGAAGUGAUAUGUUCUGAACCACUUACUUCGACUCCAAUUGGUUCACCUUGUGGUUGUGUAUCACCGAUGCGAGUAGUUAUUGAUUUAGGGGUGGCUCCAUAUCUGUUAUUUACACAUAUUGCAGAAUUUGAAGUUGAGGUUGCAACAGGCACAUUCUUGAAACAGAGCCAGGUAAAAAUCAUGGCUGCAUUUGGUCUUAUCCAGAAUCAAGGGAAGACACGAGUUACUAUUUACUUGGUACCUCUUGGUGAGAAGUUUGAUACCACAACAGCUUUGCUUAUUUAUGAGAGGCUUUGGCAGAAAAAGGUGCCCAUUGAGAUCUCACUGUUUGGUGAUUAUGAAGUGAUAUAUGUUCAUUAUCCAGGACUUCCUUCUUCCCCACCAUCUGUAUCUGAUGGAUCCACAGAGUUCAGGCCUAGCUACAAUGGAAACCACCAAUAUCCCUUUACAGCAGAUGUUUCAAGUGGCCGAGCUCGAAAAUUGAAUGCUGGAAUCAUUGCUGUAAUUUCAGUUUCCUCGUUCACCCUUAUAUUGGCUUGUAUUGGUAUUGUUCUUUUUAUCUUGAAGUGGAAAAAUCUCAGGCAACCAUCUCCUCCUCAGGGCUCUGCAGUUACCCAAUCAGAUACUGGAAGAUCUGGCAUCAAGUCCACUAUAUCAAAUAGCGUGGCUAGCUCACCAUCGGCUUCCUUUAUUUCGGUUAUGGCUGCUUGUCCACCAUCAUUGAGGACAUUUUCAAUGGCAGAGCUUGAGAAAGCUACAGAUAAGUUCUGUUCAGAAAAAGUAUUGGGUGAAGGUGGUUUUGGACGAGUUUACCAUGGGAUAAUGAAUGAUGGAAACGAAGUUGCAGUUAAAUUGCUGAAUAAGGGGAAUCAAAAUGGAGAGCAUGAGUUCAUUUCAGAAGUAGAGAUGGUUAGUCGACUGCAUCACCGAAAUCUUGUCAAAUUGAUUGGUAUUUGCAUUGAAGGAAAUAAAAGAUGUCUGGUUUAUGAGCUUGUUCGGAAUGGAAGUGUUGAGUCCCAUCUGCAUGGUGCUGACAAGAAGAAAGGACCUCUGGACUGGGAUGCACGGAUGAGGAUUGCUCUUGGUGCUGCUAGAGGCCUAGCAUAUCUACAUGAAGAUUCCAAUCCUCAUGUUAUACAUCGUGAUUUUAAGGCUAGUAAUAUACUACUGGAGGAAGAUUUCACAGCAAAGGUGACAGAUUUUGGCUUGGCAAGAGAAGCAUCUGAAGGAAGCCAACAUAUUUCGACUCAGGUCAUGGGGACGUUCGGGUAUGUUGCACCAGAGUAUGCAAUGACAGGACAUCUACUUGUUAAGAGUGAUGUAUACAGCUACGGGGUUGUGUUGCUGGAGCUUUUAUCUGGUCGGAAGCCUGUCUACAUGUCUGAGUCUGAGGGGCCAGAGAACCUUGUAACGUGGGCACGCUCUCUCCUGGCUAGCAGGGAAGGAGUGGAGAAACUGAUGGAUCCAUCAUUGCAUGGAAAAUGUGACCUAGAUGAUGUGGCCAGAGUUGCAGCCAUAGCUUCAAUGUGUGUUCAUGCCGAGCCAUCUCAAAGGCCAUUCAUGGGAGAAGUUGUACAGGCCCUGAAGUUGAUAUACAACGACAUGGAGGAGACUUGUGAAGGUUCAUACAGCCAGAAAGAGUCAUCAACUGGUAUGGAUGAUGACUACAGAGGAGAUUUUGGAGCUGAGAGUAGCUGGUGGAGGAACGGGGUUUCCCCAUUGUCAUACAGGCAUGGCUCUCCCUUCAUAACCAUGGACUAUAGUUCAGAUCCAAUGGACGAACUGCAGAGGCCCCAUUCAACAUCUCAGUUGGCUUCUAGGACUGAAGCAAGGUACAACAGGUCUGGUCCUUUAAGGACGAAGAAGAAAAUAUCUGAUAGAUUGAGAGGAAGCAUCAGUGAACAUGAGCACCAUUCACGGCAUCUGGGUAUGAAAGAUCAUUACGGCUCAAGUUUGUGAACGGUGAUUCUGUUUCUCACUUUUUUUUCUUCUUUUUAUUGUAUAGCUUUGUCAUAUAGUUUUUUGUGCUUUGGGCAUCCCAUGAGCUUCUGAUUUUGGAUGACAGUGAUUCAUUUCUUGUGAAUUCCAUGUGUGUUGGAUUAUGUUGUGGCUGUCGCCGAAGUUAGCUGGUAAUGUUUUGUUAGUUUCUAACCUACUGUUGGGUUUUCGUGUUUGUUAGUUGUUUCCUUUGCCAAAUUGAAUAAUUGGUGGCUGGCAGCUAAAAUUAUUGUUAGACUUGCUCAA